AUGGCUGAAGCGAUUGUUUCCGCUAACUUGGCUAUUGAGACGUUCGAUCCUGCAAUUACGCAUUGGAAAAGGUGGCUAAAGAGGUUCGAAGGAGCCGUUACAGUUUUCGGCGUGCCCGAAACAAAGAAGUCUUUUGACAUAAUUUGCGACAAAUUAGUUCCUGAUGAUCCUUAUAAAAAAACGUAUAAGGAGCUUACAGACCAGUUAGAGGAAUUUUACGCUACCCCUCCUCUUAAGGUGGCGGAAAAUUUUCGAUUCCACCAACGGAAGCAACAAGAUGGCGAAACUAUUCAACAGUUCGUCGCAUCUCUUCACAAAUUGAGCAUAAAUUGUAAUUUUGGUCAGUACUUACAGACGGCGUUAAGGAACCAAUUCAUUUUUGGUGUCAAUAAUAGACGCAUCCAAUCGCGCUUGCUGGAGACGAAGAAUGUAACAUUUAAAAAAGCGGUGGAGGUAGCAGUCGCGAUAGAAUUAUCGGAAAAAGGCGUGAACCAGAUUCAGUCAGUGCCACAAGGUGUGGACCGCAUAAGUCACAAGGAAACGUACAUGCCUAAGAAGAACAAACAGACGCAAUCGAGGAAUCAUCCAGAGGGAAGAUCAAAUAAUUUCACUAAAUCGAACAAGCGUAAUUAUAAGCCCAUUAGUAACAGUUCUAGUCCUAAUAUUUCCUGUUUUAGAUGCGGGGAGAAGCACCUGGCCACCAAAUGUACGUUAGAUAAGAAUAUAGUCUGCAAUAAUUGCGGUGUGAAAGGUCAUUUGCAGAAAGUCUGUAUGCGGCGAAAUCGUGUAGCAGCGAACCAACUAAGCGAGAUAUUAUGGAUGCACACAGACCAUCAAAGCUACACGGAAAAAUUCUAUGUUACGGUAGAUGUCGAAAAGAAACAG